GGGACCGCGCGGUGCUCCCUGGCACCCACUACCUGCUGUGGCCGUGCUGGCAUCGGGCAGCACCAGCAUCGAGCCCUCGCAGGUCCCUCUCGUGCUGGGUGGGCAGCCCUCCACCAAAGAAGCGAUGGAGAUGGUGGAUGCCGAGCGCCCGCCAGCCAAGCAGAACUGGUAUGAGUGCUACGUGCUGCCCUGCUUGGCUGAGCUGCUGGGCAGUGCAGCCUUCGUCUUCAUCGGCUGCCUGUCAGUUGUGGAGGACUCAAUAGGAACCGGGCUGUUGCAGCCGGCACUGGUGCAUGGGCUGUCCAUCGUGCCCAUCGUUGUCAGCUUGGGGAACAUCAGCGGAGCUCAUAUCAACCCAGUCGUGUCCCUGGGCAUAUGGUUGGUCGGCGGGAUGAAACUCAUCAUGCUCAUCCCCUACUGCAUUGCUCAGCUCUGUGGAGGGAUCUUAGGGGCUGCCCUGACAAAGGCCGUGGCAAGCAGUUUGAACUUCGACAGCAGAGUCGGAGGGGCCUUCGGCAUCAUCAGGACAAAUGCACAGAUCGGCCCAGCGCUGGGCAAUGAGAUCAUCCUGACCACCUUCCUGUUGCUCGUGGUCUGCAUGACUGCAGUCAAUGGGGAAACCAAGAGCCCUCUGGCACCUGUCUGCAUCGCCCUGACAGUCGUCAUCAACAUCAUAGUGGGGGGUUCUAUAUCCGGACCCUGUAUGAACCCUGCCCGAGCCUUUGGGCCAGCUGUGAUAGCCAACUACUGGCUCUACCACUGGGUGUACUGGGUCGGGCCUCUGAUCGGCUGCCUGAUCUCCAGCUUACUGAUAAGGUUUGUGAUUGGUGACCGAAAAAUCCGCCUGUUCCUGAAGUGAGGCCGCACAACACAACCCCGGCACCUCCUGCUGCAGGAACACACUGCUGGGACGCACGGGGAUGGCACUGCCAUGUCCCAGCCAUGCACCACAUCUGCCCUGUAGGGCUAUGCCUGGCAUUUGCGGCACUGCACGGCUCUGUGCCAUGGGUGCAGCACAUGGCUGAGGCUGGCAGCUCUGUACCACUGCUGCUGGACUGCUCCUGGGCCCCUCUGCUCCCCUGGGGGCUGUGAGAGCUUUUGGUCACUGAGCACAGCAGCCACUGUAACCACUAUACAGUGACACAAAGCUGAGUAAAGCAACACAUGGCAUAGCUCCCCAGUGCUGGCACCAAUUAAUUCCUGUAUUGUUUAUGACUAUUAUUUAAGGAGUGUGCAAGUGCUGGGAGCUUCCUGGCUCCAAACAUGCUGGGGGCACCACAACUCUCUGCCCACUCCUGCAGUA